AUGCUCAGUCUCGCCCGUCCUCGCCUUCUCUUCUUCUUCUUCUUCUUCUUCUUUUCUUCUUGUAUUUUCUUUUCUUCUUCUUCUUCUUCUGCUUCUUCUUCUUCGCUGUGUGCGGCGGGCACAAUUGGCAUCGCUCCCGCUGGCCUCGCCCUGGGCCGCCCCGACGCCAGCACCGCCAACAGACGCCCCUCGACGCUGGCGUACCAGCGAGCCUCCUUCUUCGCCGGCCAGCCUGCUGAGCUCCCGCUGCCCUUACCUUCGCCUCUCUCGCCUCUCUCGCCCUUGUCGCCCUUCUCGCCGCUGCCAGACUGCAAAGACACCGACGGCCAGCCGCAGAGCCCGCCCAGCUCGCGCAGCUUGCCCCUGGACGCAGGGCUCUCGCCCGCCGCAAAGCUGGACGCCCUCAUCCAGCGCUCCGACGAGAAGAUCCUCCUGCGGCCGCGGCGGGAGAACGACCAGACCGUCCUGGCCCGCGAUGUCGAGAUCGAGCCCGAGCAGCUGCCUGGCUCCCUCGAUCCCUCGUCUUCCUCCUCUGCUGCUGGUGCUGGUGCUGGUGCUGGUGCUGGUGCUGGUGCUGGUGCUGGUGCUGGUGCUGCGGCUGCUGCGAGGCCUUCCUCGUCCUGGGUGCGCCGCCUGUCCACCAUCACCUCCUCCGUCUACGGCUCCAGCUCCGCCGCCAGCUCCUCGCGGCCCCAGUCGCCCUCCGUCAGCGGCUCGACCGCCCCUUUCUUCCCCCAGAAACAGCAUCUCCAGAACCGCGCCUCCAUCCCGCCAAACAAGCUCGUCAAGCGCUCAACCUCCCAGCGCGACUUUCUUCCAGACUGCCCGCCCGGCUGCGGCUGCGGCUACGGCUACGGCCACGGCUACGACCCUGCCUCCUCCGCCUCGAGGCCGCGCCGCUCAAACUCCAUCAUCCGCCGUCCGGCCACCAGCCACCAGCGCAGCGCCGCCGCGGCCAUGAGGCACCGCUCUGCUACCGAGUCCAAUGUCCUGGACGCCGACCUGAUACGGCCUCACUCUCUGUCUUCUCCCCUGGCGUCUCCCCCCCAGUCCCAGUCCCAGCCACAACCCCAUGGGGAACCCGUUUGGCGCCCUUACUUUCGUGGAAUUGCCUCCAAUUUCUCCUCCAUCCGCACUCGACGGCGGUCCUCCUCGGUCAGACAGAGGCGGGAGCGCUCGCAGCAGCAGCUCCACCUCCUACUCGAGCCUGAUGUCGUGCCCACCCUCGUCUCGGCCGCUGCCAUCAAACCCCAGGAUCCCGCCCAACUCCCUCGCUUUAGCUCUAGUUUCCGGUCGUCAGACCAGCAGCGACAACAGCUACACCAGCGCCAACAAUCUUCGGACCGCAUUUCCUGGGGCAGACCCGUUCCUGGAGGCGCGCGGGCUCAAGUCUCCCGUAUGUUGAGCUCAAAGAAAGAGGAGGACUCAGAAACAGAGGCGGAAGCGGAAGUUGAUGCAGAUGCAGAUGCAGACGCAGACGCAGACGCAGACGCAGACGCCGCUCGAUUACUCUCAUCGUCAGCACCGCUGCCCCCGUUUGCGGCAGACGACCCUACUCAGCCCUGGGAAGAGUCAAUAGCUAAGCUGCAGCGGAGACAGCGUGCCUCCCUCGACCUGAAACGCAACCCUCAUUCAGACAGCGAAAUCCGGACCAGCAAGAGUGAACGACUGAGCGGGAACUCCAUGCGAUCGCGGCGGAGGAAGAACAUCACUGACCCAGAUAUAUUCCAGCGGCCGGCCACUUCCCACUAUCAACACCAACAACAACAGCAGCAGCAGCAUCUACAUCUACACAAUAACCCUCACGAUCCUGAUGAUCACUUCAAUAAUAACGACGAUGAUAACAUUCCCGUCGACCAAUCAGAAGACCCUCUAGAGCCCGUAUCCCCCAAGACGACGGUCGCAAAGGUUAAGCCUCGUCUACGGCAUUUGCCACAGUUCCACGACCUUCGCAAUGAGGUCCUAAACGAGAGACGGUCCGCGCCAUCCUCGGCCUCUGGCUCCAGACAGUCAUCUGCCGAACAGAAGAUCUACGGCAGCACACGAGACCGAGACCAGCGGCUCUCUGUCACUGCCUCUGACCCAGCUUCAACUGUUCCCGGCUCAGAUAAUGAUACCCGUAUCUUCUCGUCCGGAGAGGAAGACGAGACUGACUGCCACAGCGACACCAUCUUUGACUCCUACCCAACACGCGCAACAAGUAGCAACAAGUCUACAUCUACUCCCCGCGGGCCCAGGAUAGAUACCAUCUUCGACAAACCAGACGUCACCCCAAAACAACAGCAACAGCAGCAACAGUGCUAUCCAGAUGAACUACACUUGUCCUCCUCGGUCGUCUCGUCGGUUCGAAAGAGGUCGGACCUGGUCGUACUCAACCCCCUUGGCCACGGCAACGGCAGCCUAAGACACGCCUCAUCUUCAGAGGCUGCCGUCCGUAGAAUGUCGCCAUCUCCAAAGACCGUCAUCACCGGUCCAUCACAGCGAACUAGCCGGAAGUCCAGCUACCUUGCCACUCCCUCAGCUGACAGCGCAGAGAAACUGCGCUUCUUCGCUGAAACGUCGGGCGAUGAGGAAGAUGACGACGAUGAUUUCCCCACGGCGCUUAACUCUCCUCCCCACUCCAGAUCAGCCAUCACCCUGUCAAAGGCAUCGGAAGCGGGCUCGCGCAUGAGUGUUUUUGACUGGUCAGAGCAGCAGAAGCCCACAAAGGACGGCGACAGCUCUGGUUAUCGUCCAAAGACCGCUCAAGAGAAGAAUCUGGUCGAUCUACGGGGAGGACGGUCAACAGCGCGCAGCGCUCCCAACACUCUCCAUCUCAGAAGCCAGAGUGUACCAAUCGCAACUAAGGAGUCAACGGCGCAAAAGGACACCGGUUUCCCUCUCAAGUUCGGCACCUGGGGCCUGGGUAACAAGGGUCCCAGCGAAGACUGGGAUGGUGACUUUGAUUUCGAGGACUCGGAUGACCAGCCACUCCCGGGCUCCCUGGCCAACGGUAAAUGCUCUGCCAGCAGCAUGAAGGUUCCCCAGGCUAUAUUGGACCGACAAGAGAGUGUACACGGCCAAUACGGCCUGGUCCAGGAACUCACCGUCCUUGUCGAGGAACUAAAGCGACUCCAGGUCCAGGCUAAAGCACUGCAUAUCAUGGAGGGCCCAUCUGCAGAAUUAUGGAAAGAGGCUCAGGGUAUAAUAAACCUUGCAACUCUUGAGGAAGACGAUGACCAACCACGUUCAAAUGGAUGCAGCAGGCAUCAGCGCCAAAGGUCCUCCUCAGCCACAACAUUCGACUCAGGCAAUUUUGGCCUGGAAUCUUCUCCCGAGCCCAUGCCCAUGGCCACCAAGCAGAACAGCAACGAAAGCCCAAGCAAGCAGUCCUGUCCUCUUCCCGGGAAAGAAAACUCAGGUCCAGGCACCAAUAUCAACGCUACUUUCCCUUCUUCCAAGAAGCUGCGCAGAGAAUCCUCCGUCAGAGCAAGGUCGGUCCUGGACAACAUCCACCAUCUCCGAGAGCUUCACAACGGUAACUCAACCGCCUCUCUACCAACCCAUGAUAGCCAGCAACGCUUCGCCUUUGAUACCCAGUCUUUGCGCGACCUCGUCAUCCGUGCGGGAGUCAUUACACGCUCUCUAAAGGAGAUCGUCCGCAAAGCAGAAGGAGUCUACGUCCCGCCUGAUACACACCAUCUAACUCCCGACCCGCCCUUCAGCCAAAUAUUCGUCCAUCCUUCUUCGCAACCUAUACCUGCGAAUGGACUCUCCUGA